AAUAAAAAGUAUUGAAUUUUAGGAACUAGGUCCCUAGGAAGUGCUAUAGUGCUAGACUGACGAAACAUAAUGAUGAUGAUCAUUGUUGUGUCCUAAACACUUUGCACCAAGAACUUCUCCCUUACUCUUCCUCAAGCUCAAGCUCAGGCCCAGAUUUUCCUUCAGAGUGGAAUUUCUAACUAUUGAAAAGAAUGAAUAGACUCGGUUGGAGAAUUUUCAGCAAAAAUAAUCCACUGGCACACUAUCACAUGUCUCGGUCUGCACUGGAUGAGGUCUCACAAUCUGGUGCAUUUGUGAGAAGUGCUUCUGAAUUCCGUAACUUCAUUUCACGAGACCCGAAUUCGCAAUUUCCAGCAGAAGCUGGGAGAUAUCAUCUUUAUAUAUCUUAUGCUUGCCCUUGGGCUUCAAGAUGCCUUGCAUACUUGAAUAUUAAAGGACUUCAGAAAGCUAUCAGCUUUACGUCGGUCAAACCUAUAUGGGAAAGAACAAAAGAAAGUGAUGAGCAUAUGGGAUGGGUUUUUCCUGCUUCAGAUAAGGAGCUAGAAGGAGCUGAACCUGACCCUUUGAAUGGAGCAAAAAGUAUACGAGAACUUUAUGAGAUUGCUAGUACAAAAUACAGUGGAAAGUACACUGUUCCGGUUCUAUGGGAUAAAAAACUUGGAACAAUUGUCAGUAAUGAGAGUUCGGAGAUUAUUCGCAUGUUUAAUACUGAAUUCAACAGUAUAGCAGAGAACCCGGCUUUGGACUUGUAUCCCGAUCACUUGCAAUCCCAAGUCAAUCAGACUAAUGAAUGGAUAUACGACAAGAUAAAUAACGGUGUCUAUAAAUGUGGGUUUGCCAAGAAGCAGGAGCCUUACGAUGAGGCUGUGAAACAGUUGUAUGAAGCUUUGGACAGAUGUGAAGAGAUACUUAGCAAGCAACGAUACCUCUGUGGAAACACAUUAUCUGAAGCAGAUAUUCGUUUGUUUGUGACUCUCAUAAGAUUUGAUGAGGUUUAUGCAGUCCACUUCAAGUGCAACAAGAAACUCCUGCGAGAGUACCCAAAUCUGUUUAACUACACCAAGGACAUUUUCCAAGUUCCUGGAAUGAGCAGCACAGUCCAGAUGGAUCACAUCAAACGACACUACUAUGGAAGCCAUCCUUCUAUCAAUCCUUUCGGGAUAGUUCCUUCCGGCCCAAACAUCGACUACUCUUCUCCUCAUGACAGAAACAAGUUUUCUGCAUAGCUUCUGCAGACCAAAUUACAUACUUGUACCUUCCAUGUCUGUUUCUAUUUGUAACGCUCUUCUUUCCCGAAUACUUCGUUUGUUGACAUGUUACGUUGUUAAAUUGUUGGUCAAGAUAUUUUGAUUCGAUUUGCACGCAAUUUGUCAUGUUAAAACA